UAGCCCAGCCAACCAGACACACCGGUCCACAGAUACUGACAUACAGAGGACCCUGUGGAAGACAUAUCUUCUGUUUUGCUGGGUGGAAGUAAGUGUGUGAGAGGGCCAAAACAUGGACAUCCUUGACACCCAUGCCUAUGACCGGCGGCAACGCAGGAACACGUCCUGCGUCCUCUUUCUUUCUCUCCUCCCUUUCUUUGCUUCUGCAGCACUAUUCUUCUACCUAUGGAUUCCAGAAUCUACACCUUCUCUUCUGGCUGCUGGUGUAAAGGCCGCCCCUGUGAUAUCAUUGGCUCUUAUGGUGCUUAGUUACAAUGGAGGGAGGAGCCUGCUGGGCGUGGCCGGAGGGUUGCUGUUGUCAUCUGGUGGGGACAUCUGUCUUAUUUGGCCAGGACUCUUUCUCCAUGGAAUGGGCUUCUUUGCUCUGGCCCACCUGAUGUACUCCCUAUCCUUCCUGUCCUCACGUUACACAGCUCAUUCCUAUCCUUCGUCUGGGAUCUAUAUCGUCUAUCUGCUGCAGUGGGGUAUAACUGGUGCGGCCUACGUCUACCUGCUGCCCUUCCUUCAGAAUUCUCCAGAGCCCAAUAUCUUCGUUCCAGCUGUAGGAGCUUACGCGUUCCUCAUUGUUCUCAUGGCCACUCUGGGGGCACGUACCCGGCACUCACUGGUCAUGCUGGGCGGCCUGGUCUUCAUGACCUCUGACCUCAGUCUCGCACUGCAGCAUUUCAAGGUUGUCGAGUCUCUGGAGUACGGGAGGCACAUUGUCAUGAUAACGUAUUACCUGGCCCAGCUGCUGAUUGCUGUGGGUGAUGUGAAGGCCACCAUGGCGGAAGAGGGUGGAGACUUCAGCAAAUGGAAGAAAUCAUAGGUUCAGCACAGACUUGCAGACAUGGACAUAAGUAUCAGAGUAAUGCAGAUUCACACAAAUUCUGGGACUUUAGGAGAUUUGAUAAAACUUCAAAAUGCUGUUUCCAGAAGGUUCUGAGCCUAUAUAUGUACUGUAUGAUCACAGGAUUUGCACAAUCUCUGUAUUGUUUAAGUGUGUCCAUUGUUGUCAACCUAAAUUAUUCAUAUUGUAAUGGCGCUAUUCAUUGUGAAAAUAUGUCAACAACUAUUAUAAACUUACUACAAAUACAACGGUAUUUGACGAUAUACACUAUAUAGACAAAAGUAUCGCUAAUUUAUUGUUUCUCUGAAAUAAGUGUAUUAAAAUUUUUUA